AACAAGGCAUGUCUAAACAUAUAUGCACAACAUUUGUUCUUGAAGAACAGCUGUUUAAUUAAGCGCUUUCCAUAGGAUGCCCCGGUAGAUGAGUGCGUGUUGGCAGCGAUGCACUGGGAUCUCGUCCCGGCGUGGUUCAGAGAGAAUGACCCCAGUAAGAUGCAGUACAACACCUCUAACUGUGGCAAUGAGAGCCUGCUAGAAAAGAAGUCUUACAAGAGUGAUCAGGACGACAGUGACUGGACAGGGUGGCGUCUGCUGACAAUAGCAGGGCUCUUUGACUCCUGGACUCCUCCUUGUGGUGGAGAGACAUUGUAUACUUACACUGUUAUUACUGUAGACUCCUCUCCAAACCUUCAAAGUAUCCAUGACCAUGACAGGAUGCCGGCUGUGCUGGACAGAGAGGAUGAGGUAAGAUGGUGGUUGGACUUUGGAGAAGUGAAGUCACUGGAAGCAAUGAAAUUACUGCAACCAAAGUCCUCCUUAACCUUUCACCCCAUCUCCUCAUUGGUCAACAAUUCCCGCAACAACUCUCCAGAGUGUCUGCAGCCUGUAGACCCCACAGUUGAGAAGACUGUUCAACCUACAGCCAGCAGUAAAAUGAUGACGAGCUGGCUGAAAACUGCCUCGCCCACUAAGAGGAAGAAUCCUGAUGAAGACACUUCAGCUAAAGCACCUGAAGAAAAGUCUGCAGCAGAGAAGCAAACCAAGCCGGCUGGGCCUCUCCUGCAGUGGCUGCUGGGAUCGGGUUCCAGAAAGAAACCAAGAACUUGAAAACAGAAUCACAAUGUUCUUCAGAAUGACCAAAAGAUUGAAAAUGCACCUUGACAUGCCUAAAAAUGUUUGUUAAAGUAGUAGUUC